GAUUUAAUGUCUACAUUUUGAGGCGUGUUUUGCGCAUGCGUAUAAAAAUGGACCCGGUAGGAUCAUCAAAUGAAAAAGGCAAAGCAGCCGGUGACUUGGUCUCUCUGGCUCCUCCAGGAGAAUUAAUGGAGGUGAUGAAUGAUAUUAGAAACAUGAUUGGAAAUGAUAGUCUAGUAAAAAAUCAUAUUGUGAAGGCGGCAUUUGUGUACAGUAUGGAUCAGUAUAUACCAUGUAAAUUAGAAAAUUGCGAUGAGCAAUGUUUAAUAACUCAAUAUGCAAGAAUUGGUGAUAGAUUUUAUGAUCCCAGAUCAAAGCAGAGUUUUGUUUUUGAUGCCUUGAAGAGCGAAGCUCGAGACUUUCAGCCAUAUGAUGAUUACGAUAGAAAUGCUGAACCAUGGCGCCAAGCCCUUGAAAAGGAAUAUGAAAAUAUCAGGAAUAAUCAUUAUUCCGGAAUAGGUAGUUUCUCAGUUUACGGUAGUACUGUAGAGGGAAAAAUUAAGGUGGCUGCUUGCUUGGAGAGUCAUCGAUAUAGCCCUAAGAAUUAUUGGAAUGGCAGAUGGAGGACAGUGUGGUCUAUGGAAAUAGAUAAUGAUAUUUGUCUUGUACAUGGACAACUUAAAGUUCAGGUCCACUACUUUGAAGACGGCAAUGUCCAGCUGGUGACCACAAAAGAGUUUGAGGAUAAAAUAAAAGCUACAACACCUGAAGAAACAGCGAAAGCGCUUUGCAAUUUAGUUGUAGAAGCUGAAACUAAAUAUCAGACGGCGCUCUCUGAAAAUUAUAAAACAAUGGGAGAAACAACUUUUAAAGCUCUACGCCGUCAAUUGCCUGUAACUAGAACAAAAAUUGAGUGGGAGAAAAUUGUUGGUUACAAGAUUGGAGCUGAAUUAAAGAACCAAUAA